UUUGGAGACGCACAUAUUGAUCUCGCUGCUGCUGCAUGGCAAAUCUGAGAUAUAGACUGAAAAUAAAAAUACCAUCUGAAAAGUUAUUUAUAAAUGAGAUUGUAGUUUAUUAGUCAAAAUGUUUCAAAAGCCUGCAGAUACAGUCUCUUCUAUAAGAAGCUGUUUAUAUAAAGACCGAAACAAACUGAAUGACUGAGGACGCAGUCAGAGCUAAACAUUUCUUCAUAGUUGGAUGUGGAUUUGAUUUCAGGCCUUUUGCAGGUUGAUUGGAUGAAACUUUGGAUCACAGAGUGUGAUGUUCCCACCACCCUGCAAGACUCGAGAGACAGCAGAAUCUCUGCACGCCGGGCAGAUGCUGCGAGGAAACCUGCAGCCUGGAACAAGUGUUCAUGCUGCAGGGAUGACCAGGAGCAGAAACACCAGCAAUCUGCUACUACUGCCAAACGUCCCCGGAAGAGGAAGCGGACCUCUGUGGCCCGUCCUUCCAAACCUUCUGUUGAACCCCCAGAGGUAUUGGCUCCCACUCCUGAGCCCUCCAGCCCGGCUGCUGACAUUCCAGGGUUGCUGAAUUUGGUCCCUCGGUCUGCCAUCCCACCUGCCGACCUGCCAGCGGUCUCAAAUGUGGCCCCCGGCAGCCCCCGGCCCUCCACUGCUCCCCUGCAAGCUGACAGCCCUCUGAAGAUACACAACCGCUCAGUAGAAGAGUACCAGCAGAUCUACCAUGAAGUGGUUGAUGACAUGCUGACAUACAAGAAUGGCCGGUUGCGUCCAUACAGUUUGGAGCUUGGCCGUCGUAUCAAGCAAAAGCUGUGGGAGAGACUGAAUCGUCCCACGUUUACGACCUCAGCCAAUGAGGACGGGCUUGUGAAGGUUGAUGUAUCAUAUGGGGUUGGAGUCUAUCCUCCCCUUCAUGAUGUAGAUAUUUCAUUAGAACCAAAGCCUGAGCAGCCACCAAUAAAAAGAGCUAAGAACUGAAACUGAACUGACAGUAUCAGUAGUUUGUAAAUAGUUAAAGACAUUAGAAUAGUUCAAUAAGAUCAAAUCUGUAAAUAAUAUUGUAGUUUUAAGUCUUUUUAACAGGUAGUAUGUCUUGUUUCAUCAGUAAAUGCAGCUUCUGUCUGAACUUUUUUCCAGCCAACUACACAUCCAACCUCUGCUGUUGCAGCCUCCACCUGCAUGCUCUACCAUCCACCUGCAGCCUGAAGCUCCACCUGCAGAUUACAGAAAGUACACCUCCACCUACAACUUCCAUUAUGACAAACAGCUCCAGCCCAAACCUCCACUUCCAACCCUCAGCCCCCAGCCUCCAGUCUCCACCACCAGCCUCUGCCAGCAACCUGCACUGCCGCCUCCACCUGCAGAUUCUUGCAGAGAGAUGCAGCACAAAUCUCAACCUACAGCAUCUGCCAGCAACCUGCACCACGUCCUCCACCUGCAGAUUAUUGCAGAUAGUUCAAGUCCAGCCCAGCCUCCAUCUUCUAACCACCAACUUCCAGCCUUUGCCUGCAACCUGCACCACCCCCACCACCUGCAGAUUCUGGCAGACAGCUAUAGUCCAAAUCUCCACUUACAGCCAUUUCCAGUUCCUCUUUGAAACAUCUACCAGCAGCCUGCACCGCCUCCUCCACCUGCAGAUUGUGAAAGACAGCUCCACCCUAGCCUCCAGCCUCCAGCCUCUGCUAGCAACCUGCACCACCCCUUCACCUGCAGGUUCUGGCAGAGAGCUGCAGUCUGAAUCUCCACCUACACCUACACCAGAUACAGCCCAAACCUCCACCUCCAGCCUCCAGUUUCUGCAAGUUACCUGUACUGCUGCCCCCUCCUGCAGAUUCUGAGAGACAGCUGCAGCCAGAACCUACACCAACUUCCUCUGCUAGAAAGCUGAAGAGCCCCACUCCACCUGAAACUUCUGCCAAACUCCACCAACAGCUUCUUACAGUCAUCCACAGAACCAUCCCCCUCCAGCCCACAGUAACCAUCUGCUCCUCCAGCCACUGCCUGCAGUCUCUAUCAGUAACCUGCAGCCCCAAUAUCAGGAACCGGGCUAUAGUUUGAUUAAUACAGUGACUAAAAACAUAUGAUUUAUCCAUGACUGAGCUCUGUUGUAGCUAAAAUGAUGUUUGAACAUUUGGGAAGUUAAAACCACAAAAACAAAAACGAGUAUUUAUGUCAUGUUUACUGCUUUGGCAAAUGUUGUAAGUAUUUGACUACGGAUUUUUUGGAAAUAUCAAAACAAACUCAGUAUUUUUUGUAAUUAAAUAUGUAGAGAAUUUUCAUUCUAUCUCAAGGAAGGUACCUUAAGGGAAUUGCAUAUUGUUAAAAAUGGACCUCCGGCACUUAAAUGCACUUUACAGUAAUUUCUUUAAUUGUAUUGAAAUGAAUUUGCCUCAUUCAUUAUUAGACCCCUACUUAAUGAUGCCAUUUCUACUUAUUCAGUUAUUCAGAGUUUCUUGCACAUAUGACUAAUUUUAAUGUUUUUUUCAUGUGUUUCAUAUUCCAAUUCAAAGAUAAAAUGCCUGCUGUAUUUUCAGUGUAAAAUGAUUUUUUGUCAUUGCUAUAAUCUGAACAUUAUGACAACAAUUGACCAACAUGAUCUAAAACUUCAGAGGGAUGUCAGUGUGCAAUAUUACUACAAUAAAAGAUU